AGCUAGUCUUGUGAUAAUUAACCCCCGCGUGUGUGUCAUUUCCCAUUUCUGAAGGAUGAUGAGUAGCCUUCUUGACUUCUUCUUUCCUUGUGGAGCUUUUUAACCACGGAUUAACGCGGCCUUAAUAUACACGGUUUGGUAUAGAGUUUUGAGGCUCCCAUCGACGAUCCGCACCAGCCAGUAGCCAUGCCAUUUACGGUUGGAUGGUAACGGAUCAUGGCCCUAGUUAGUCUCUUCACAAUCUAAUUAGAUUUUUAUAUACUUUUAGUUCAACGUUGUAUAAGAUUAGAGCUCGGCCGUUAGUUUAUCUAGUACAAAUUUUAAUGCUAUUUACCACUGGGUAAAGAAGCUAGCAUAUAACCGCAGCAUCUGAACGUGCCAAGAUUACUUUUAGCUAGGUUCCAAGCAGCCGAAGAUGACACGGUCGACUGCUUCUAGAUAUGCAAUGUCUCCGUCUGCUGCACGAUUUUUUUCAGCUCUAUGGGACCAGCCCCCAGCCCCUGCUCAAAAGAAAGUGGAGCUUGCCAUUGGCUCAGGGCUUUGGCAGCGGCAGCAGGGAGAGCCUCGGGAGCGCGGGGUCAUCGCUCCGGCCUGCCUGCUUCCGAUCUCCAUGCUGAACAAGAGCGUCAGGCCGGGCGGCGCACGGUUGCUGUGCCGGAGGAGGAGCUCAUCACUCCUGUAAGAGAGCUUGAGCCAGCAGCUGGCUCUAGUUCAGGCGCAAAGCUCGCAAGCAGCUAGAUACCAGGCGAGAAGAAGCUAGCAUCGGUACGGUCACAAAGGUAGCAAGCAAUUCAUCAGCCCAUGGACAACCAGCCGCUGCCCUACUCCACCGGCCAGCCCCCGGCGACCGGCGGGGCCCCGGUGCCCGGCGUGCCUGGCGCUGCCGGGCCCCCGCCGGUCCCGCACCACCACCUGCUCCAGCAGCAGCAGGCCCAGCUGCAGGCGUUCUGGGCGUACCAGCGGCAGGAGGCGGAGCGCGCGUCGGCGUCGGACUUCAAGAACCACCAGCUGCCGCUGGCCCGGAUCAAGAAGAUCAUGAAGGCCGACGAGGACGUGCGCAUGAUCUCCGCCGAGGCGCCCGUGCUGUUCGCCAAGGCCUGCGAGCUCUUCAUCCUCGAGCUCACCAUCCGCUCCUGGCUGCACGCCGAGGAGAACAAGCGCCGCACCCUGCAGCGCAACGACGUCGCCGCCGCCAUCGCGCGCACCGACGUCUUCGACUUCCUCGUGGACAUCGUGCCGCGCGAGGAGGCCAAGGAGGAGCCGGGGAGCGCCCUGGGGUUCGCUGCGGCGGCAGGGGCCGGCGCGGUCGGGAGCGGCGCGGCGGGCGGCGCCCCGGCCGCCGGGAUGCCGUACUACUACCCGCCGAUGGGGCAGCCGGCGCCGAUGAUGCCGGCCUGGCACGUUCCCGCCUGGGACCCGGCCUGGCAGCAAGGGGCGGCGGCGGAUGUCGAUCAGAGCGGCAGCUUCGGCGAGGAAGGGCAAGGGUUUGCAGCAGGCCAUGGCGGCGGUGCCGCUAGCUUCCCUCCUGCUGCACCUCCGAGCUCCGAGUGAUCUGCGCGCUCCUACGCGAUGGCUUAGCUAAAUGUGCAAUGCACUUGCAGUGAAAGUCGAUUGUUCAAUGCGUCGGGCACGGUGUCUAUAGCAAGCAUGGUAAUUAGUCGAACAACAUACAGAACGAAUAAGUGGGAGAGCUGACUGGAGUAAGUUGUACAUGCACGUGAUGUGCUGAUUAAUCAAAGAUUAACAUGCAGUUUUAAUUACUCGUUACUUGGUUA